AUGUUCUCCUCCUCCAUUGUUGCUGUGGCCGCUCGUAGCUGUGGUUGUAAGGUCUCUGGUGCCUGUCGCGGCAGCAAUCCCCGAACCCGGUGGUGGCAGCCGGAAGUAAGAGAUGCCGUCAAGCUGAAGAAGGAGUCCUAUCGGUCGUUUUUGGCUUGUGGGACUCCUGAAGCAGCUGACGGGUACCGGCAGACCAAGCGUGCGGCAGCUCGUGCGGUCGCGAGGGGAAAGCAGCUCUCCAUCAGCACUGUCUUUGGUGCGGGUGGGGACCUCCUGACCUCGACUGAGGAGGUUGUUGGGCGAUGGAAGGAAUACUUUGAGGGUCUCCUCAAUCCCACCGCCACGUCUUCUGAAGAGGAAGCAGAGACUGUGGACUCAGAGGCGGACUCGACCAUCACCCGGGCUGAAGUCACAGAGGUGGUUAGAAAGCUUCCCGGUGGCAGACCUCUGGGGGUGGAUGAGAUCCGUCCUGAAUACCUCAAGACUCUGGAUGUUGUGGGACUGUCCUGGUUGACAUGUGCUCGAAGGCUCAUGGGAGUUCGCCCAAUCGACGAGCUUCGGGCGAACACCCGGUUCCUGAAGGAGUAUAAUAGCGCUUGCCUUCUUGCUCUGACGGAGACGUGGCUCAAAGACUCGGAUCUUCAGUCCGACCUGGAAGUCGAGGGCUUUGGAGCUCCAUACCGCCUCGACAGAGACCCCGCGGUGACCGGCAAGUCACUUGGUGGAGGCUCCCGGGAUGUGGUGGAAUAUCCACGUUUCACCUUCAAUCCAAAGGAAGGAAUUGAUAAUCCAGCGUUGGUUAUCACCGAUGAUCCCGAGCCCGAUCCUACCUUGACGCCCAGACUGUGCCACCUUAAGCGUCUGGAGGGACAAAGCUUUGGCUUCUACCUGCGAAUAGACCAGAACACUCAGGGAUUUGAGGUCAGAGAUGUGGAGCCAUGGAGUCCUGCGGAGCAAAGCGGCCUCAGGGAUGGAGACCGAGUGCUGGAGAUGAAUGAGGAAUAUGUGAACACCAUGGACUUCUACGGGGUUGUGAGGAAGAUCCAGUCAUGUGGCUUACAGCUGUUUCUCCUGGUGCUUGGGAGAGAGGCGUAUGAAAGGGCAGUGUCUAUGGAAGUGGACCUACAAAUACUGGCCAAAGCCACCAAAGGGGAACACUGGUCCAGACCCAGACUGUGUCACAUCAGCAGCCACCCAGACAGUGGGCUGGGAAUGACCAUUAUCUCAGGGGAUGGUCAGAGGGGCCAGUACAUAGUGAGCACAGUGGCUGAUGGUCCAGCAGAGAAAGCUGGUGUCUGCACUGGAGAUAGGUUGAUCUGGAUCAAUGGAGUCAUGGUGCCAACGCUCACACGCUCCACGCUCAACAGAACCAUGAAGAAGAGUGGGGACUCAGUGACAGUCCUGGUCAUUGACAGUGCCAGUGAGCCCUGCUAUGCCAGGAGGAAGAUACCCAUCUUGCCUGUGAUGGCAGAAAACUGCAGCCUCCCCGACACUGCCAAGACCAUGUAUAUGGUGAAAGGACGAGAUGGAUAUGGCUUCCUGCUGAGACAAGAGAAGAUUACAGGAACACGACGGAUAGUUCAUGUGCUGAGGGAGGUGGAUGAGGGAAGUCCAGCUGAGGAAGCAGGGAUGGAGGAUGGAGACCUGUUACUAGCUGUAAAUGGGGAAUUUGUGGAGUCCAUUGAGCAUGAAGACAUUGUCAAAAAGAUUAGAGUGAGUGGUGAUAAAGUCACCCUCACUUCUAUAUCUAUGCCAGGAAGAAACUUUUACAGAGAGUUAGGCAUUUCUCCCUUAUUGUUUCACAAAGCAUGUUCUCUCCGAUGCACUGAGAAUCAAAAGGAAACUCCCCAGAGGGAAACCACAAUGUGCCAGGACAGAGAGGAGGCAGAUCACUCAGGAACUAUGUCCACACAGCUGUCAGAGAGAGAAAGUGCUGUUUUCUUGUGAAGGAAAUGAACAGAACACAGAUGACCAAAGCCAUGAGCAGACAAAGGAGGAGGAAGCAGUCAGGUGUAAAGGAAGUAAUGAUGUCACAGCAGAGAUGAGGCUGAAGCUUGAAGUAAUUUGCCCAAAGGAAAUGUUUUCUUCAAUAAGUCCCGAGAAGCAUCACUGUGUAACUGUCUUCCACCUCCAGGUAUAUUUUGGUACUGGGCAGUCCUUUACAUCUAUAUCGAGAUCACAUGACCUGCCUUUUAAACAGACUGCCUUGUGAUUGCAAACUGUACAUUUGUUUCGUUUAUUUUCCCCCCUUUUUGUCAUUAACAAUGGUUGUUUUGUUUGAAAAUUCUUGGGUGUGUAAUCAUUGUCUACUUUAUGAUUUAGGCAGAGAAGAAUCAUUCAAAUAUUUAGCUGCAUAUAAGCCUAACAUAUAAAAACACAUAGGACAUUGUGAUGCACUGGCUGCAUUCAUUCACAUUAAAUGUUUGUGACAAUGAUGUGUGUGUGCAUAAAUAUGCUAUUAACAGUAUUUCCUGCAUUCAUGAGUCAAGCAAGAAGGCAAUUAUGCUUUCCAGGAUUUUUGAAGUAUAACAAAAACCAGAAAUGCUGUUGAUACUCUAACCCCGACACAGAUGCAUUUGUCUCUUUUAUGUUCAAUUGUAGCCUUUCUAAAAACAAAUAUUAAAUGUAGAUAAACACAUUAACCCCUGAGUUGUGUCUUCAAGUACCUCUCAGAUUACAUGCCGCACCAACCCGA